GUAAGGAUCCUUUCUCUCCUUCAUCCUUCCCACAAAAAAAAAACUUCUUUUUAUUUACUUUAUAUACAAUUAUAGAAUGUUAUCAGCACUACCAAAGAAGCGUCAGAGUCAAUUUGUUAAAAAUAGUCAUCAUCAUAAUAUAAAAAUAAGAUCGUAUCAUUAUGUUUGUCAGUAUAAAACGAAGACUUACAUUUAUCAGAAGGCAUCGUCUUAAAUCAAUAAAUCACCAUAAACAUAGAAUAAAGUCCAAUACAAUGCUAGCGUCGUCAUCGACUGGUUAUUAUCAUCUUUCUAGAAGUAAAUCACCAAUUCAUUAUUAUACCACUGCUGUUGCUUCUCCUUCUCUUCCUAAUAAAGUAGUUACAACUCAGACAAUUCCGAAUCUUGUUAGUACAACAACUACUAUCGCUACUGCUGCUAGUACUACAACUUCAUUUACCAAUCAUAAUUCAACUUCAGUCAUAGCGACUUUUCCGGAAGAAAGAGCAACAAACAAAGUGAAUAAUAAUAAAGAGCUUGGAAUUGGUCUUGGUGUAGGUAUUGGCUGUAUCGCAGCCCUCGGUCUAGUCAGUUUGUUGUUCAUUCAUAAGCGCAAAAAGCAACAAAAAGAGCCAAUGAAUAAUGAAAGAGAGAUAAGUAGUAUAUCUACACGUUGGCAACCACAAAAUUUUAUGGGAGUUGUUGCCUCUGUUGUAUCCAAAUUACCGCGGACGCCUUCUCAAUCUAGCAAAGCAUCUACUAAUAACAACGUUGAUAUUAAAAGCCCCAAGUCAAUAGGUAUCGCUAUUGGACAUGGAGAAGGUGCUGUCGAAAUAGAUCCAUCUUAUUCUUUACCGUCUCAUUUAGCCUCUAUAGACAAUGAACGGCGGUAUUAAUGUAUCAUCAUUUUGUAUAAAAUAUAUACUAUAUCUAUUCUAUUUAAAAAGAAAAAAGAAAUAGACUGUGUUACCACUAUUGACGGCAACUGUUUGUAAAAAAAAGGUUUUCUAUUUUUAUAAAAUAUCACUGGGCACUUAUUAUCAUGACCUGUUCAAUUACUCGUUGUUAUUUUUUAUUAAAACAAUACUAAUAUAAAAGCAUAUCGCUUAUCAAACAAAUUUAAAUCAAUGAAUAGAAAUUGUAAACAAGAGUGAAGCUUUCAGUAUCAUAAAUAGUGUUGAAAAUUAUCUGUUAAAUUUUUACUAUUAAGAAUUAUGCCAUUCAAUGAUAUCAAAAUAAAAAAAAGGGGGGGACAAGGGCUUAGUGGAAUAUAUUUUAUCAAGAGAUAGCUUAUAAUUAAAGAAAAAAAAAAUACUCGGUAGUUUUUUUUUUAACCCUUUACCCUAUUUAAAUAGCAUUGUCUGCCUAUCUUUC